GAGUUUUAUUAAUUGUGGAAAACAUCUUUCAACUUGAUUUGAAUCUUUGUCUUAAAGUCAUGCCGAGUUCAAUGAAUUUGCAGUUCAUACAUGUAUACUUGUUUUUAUGAGGUUUUAAUUUGUUUGCAGUUUCUAAAGAAAAUGCCAGAACGAGAUCCUGAAGCAAUGACUUUGUCAGCAAAAACAAAAAUGCCUUGUUAAAAUCUGCGUACAAAUCUGUAUUAUCACGUGUAUUUCAUUUGGAAUACAUAAAUUUUGUUCCUUAAAUAUGAUAGAGUAUGAUUUAUCUUAAACAUAACAAAUAUAUAUUUUUUUAUUUAAAAAUCUGGUCCCGGUUCUCGGUUACAAUAGACCCAUUUUAUACAAGCUUAUUCGUUUAAACCUAAGCUUAGUAAUAACCAGACAUCAUUUUCCCACUGCUUUUAGUGAAACAAAACCCAUUCUUUGUUACCACACAGCUAUUAAAAUAGAUGCAACUUUAACAUACUAGAAAAUCUCUCUCAAAAGUUUUAAUUUCUUCGUAGCUUUUAGUUGUAUUACUCCCUAAUAAAAAAAUAGUACGUAAUUAUUCAUUUGUGAGUUCCAGUUGUUUUUUUUAAAUAACUAUAUAAAGUAGCAUGCCAAACAAAAUGUUUCCCAAUUCCCUAUUAUUUUAUUAUGCAGCAGUAGGAAUGAUAGUAGAUACGCACUUUUUCCUGAAGUUACUUCCACUUGUUACAAUCCCCGGCGAUUGUGCCAGGGAUAUAACGGGUUUUUUUUUUUUACAUUUCCCCUAAGAUUUUAAUACGGAAUCGUCGGAGAAAAAAAAGGUGAGACGUUUAUCGUUAUUUCCGCUCCAAUAAUUUUGAACUUGUGGGCAAAUCUCUUCAACUAAGCGCUAUUAUUGUAUGUAAUUAUUUAGGCUGAUUUCCAAAACAAGUUCAUUUUUAAGCGUUCACGUUGGUCCGGCUCUGAAUGACACUCAUCUUAAUUCAAAACCCCUUGGAAAUGAUUUUAAAAAAACAACGUGUGUGUGUGUGUGUUUUUUGGUAAAAGACAAGAGGCCCGGGGGCGCUCCCGUCUCCUGCUCGUCACCGCCAUAUUCGCGCCCCAGCUCUCUGCUCCCGGUUACCGCUGGGGUUCGCGCUCCGGAGAGCUAGGCGCACACACACACACACUCGCACGCCAGACGCCAUUUGCGUAAGAAGGGGCCGUUUCUCGGAGCCGCUCAUGGUCGGGCGGGCUGGCUUCCCCGGCUCAGCUCACGCUACUUGCGUAACGGCCCCGAGCACGCCCGCCCGCCCGCGUGCGCUGCGUGCGCUGGCGGGGUGUAUGCGCACAAUCAGGAGCGGCCUGCAGUUCCGUGCCUGCGCAGCGCGUCCUUCCGCCAGCGCUCGUCCUCGGGUCAAUACCGCACAAAGUAUUAUUCAUUACUGCCUGGGUGACGUUGGACCCUUACUUUCGUUGUAACCCCCCCCCCUCCCCUUCCUCCCUCCCAAAAAAAAAAAACCAAAACAAACCCAGACACAAUAAUUUAAAACCAGGAUCACGGGGCACCAUGUCAGAAACAGUGAAGUAUGUUGACGACGAACACAAAACAGUCUUUCUGAAGAUACUGAACGAGCAGAGGUUGGAAGGCGAGUACUGUGACAUAGCAGUGGUUGUGGAAGAUGUCAAAUUCAGAGCCCACCGCUGCGUUCUGGCAGCUUGCAGUAACUACUUCAAAAAGCUGUUUAAAAAGCACGAGGUGGACAACUCCUCUGUAAUAGAGAUUGACUUCCUCCGGUCAGACAUCUUUGAGGAGGUGCUGAAUUACAUGUACACCGCCAAAAUUUCAGUCAAGAAAGAAGACGUAAAUCUGAUGAUGUCCUCUGGUCAGAUCCUUGGCAUAAGGUUUCUAGAUAAACUGUGCUCCCAAAAACGGGACCUCUCUCCCCCCGAGGAAAAGAGCGACCACAGGAAAGCCAAAUUUAAUUACGACAUCGUCAAAAUCUCGCUGCCGACGGCGGAGGCGCAGGAGGGCCAGGAUGACGACGUAGAGGUGCUCGGGGAUCAGGACGAGAGCCCUUCGGAUGACGUCGGGGACGAGGCUCCCCCCAACCCCGAGAUCGAAAAGUCGCCCACCAGUGCCCUGCGGGUGCAGGAGGCGAUUCUCAAGGAGCUCGGGAGCGAAGACGUUCACAAGGUGAGCUGCUACGAUCAGGAAGUGGAGGCCAUGGACGGCGAGCCCAAGGACAUGGGCUCUCAGACCCCUCAGGCGCUCAGCUUCGCCGACAGCAUCAGCGAGGUGAAAGACGAGCAGCAGCCCGGCUGGACGACGGCGGCGGGGGACAUGAAAUUCGAGUACCUGCUGUACGGGCACCGGGAGCAGCUGGCCUGCCAGGUGUGCGGGAAGACCUUCAUCGACGAAAACCGCUUGAGGAAACACGAGAAGCUGCAUUCCGCAGACCGGCCCUUCAUCUGCGAGAUGUGCACCAAGGCCUUCACCACCCAAGCCCACCUGAAGGAGCACCUGAAGAUCCACACGGGCUACAAACCGUACCGCUGCGACGUGUGCGGCAAGUCCUUCAUCCGCGCCCCCGAUCUCAAGAAGCACGAGCGGGUGCACAGCAACGAGCGGCCCUUCGGGUGCCAGAUGUGCGACAAGGCCUUCAAGCACAAGUCGCACCUGAAGGACCACGAGCGGCGCCACCGGGGGGAGAAGCCCUUCGUCUGCGGCUCCUGCACCAAGGCCUUCGCCAAGGCCUCGGACCUGAAGCGGCACGAGAACAACAUGCACAGCGAGCGCAAGCAGGUCCCCGGCGGCGCCGGGCCCAGCGAGACGGAGCAGCUCCAGGCCGCCGCCAUGGCCGCCGAGGCGGAGCAGCACCUGGAGAGCAUCGCCUGCUCGUGAAGAACGCCUGGGAACAUCCCCGAUUCGGGCUCGCGUGCGGCGACGACGACUUCUUAGGACACUAAAAAUACUAGUGUACGAACGCACGGGCCUCUGCAGUAGUUCUUGCCCACCGUAGCGGAUCACGUGCUUUGUUUUUCGUUAGUUUCCGGUGUUGGUGGUAGAAUUCCGUUUUUUUUUAAAAUAAAAAUUAAAAGGUGUAAAAAAAUGUGAAACGAGGAUAUUUUUUCUACCUAGAAUAUACCAAAGUUGUGUGAGAUGUGUAUUUGUCGGUCCAUUCGGGGAGACCACUUUGCCUUAAUUCUGUGGACAGUGAUUGCGCUGUUAUACAGUACACCAAUCAAAUCUGUUCAGAAAAGAUGUACAUUUGUAGCAUAUCUCUGAUGAACACUGUAUAGAUUCAUGUACAUUGCCCACUGUCCACAUAGUGUCAUAUCUGUGCUGGUAGUGGUGGAUAGUGGCAAAGGCAACCGAUUGAUGUGUACAGAGCACUUUUAAAUAUUUUUAAUAAAAUAUAUCACUUAGCAUUAUGUACUGGAAUUUUAUUGUUUAGUUUUGGUAGAAUAUUAAAUACACUGUAUUUAAGAUCAGGGGGCUUCCUAUUUUAAAGGCAGCUUGUUUGUUGACAAAGCAGCUUGUUUAGUUAGAUAGCAUGUACCUAAUGUGUAGCAUGUUAUACUUCUGUUCCCUUGAAUUAAGAUCAAUACUUUGUUUUUCCUGCGGCAGGUUUUCCCGAAUCACAGAAUGAAAACCCUACAGGUUCCCCUCCUGCACCAUGAGUAUUUUGUGUGUGGAAAACUGAAGGUGUUUAUGUUAGGUCAACAUUACUUUGGCAAUAAAUGUAGUCAAAGAAAUUGGAGAGAAAAUUAAGGAGUUCACUAAAAAAUGCCGUUCUGUUGUAAAUGUAUGAAAAUUGGAGUGUCUUACUAAACACUAAUUUUCUCUUGUUUUUUUUUUGCCUUACCCAGCAUUGCUUGUGACAUGAGCACUGGGCUAAAGGUGUUCACCUGUCACAUAGGGGCAUUCCCUUUCAUUUAUCUGCUUCUGUUCCCAAUGUGGCUGCUGUGUCCCGAGUUCGAUUCUGGCUCUGGGUGCCUGUCUGGGUGGAGUUUGCAUGUUCUCCCCGUGUUAGUGUGUGUUUGAAUGGUGUGCUGCACGGGUGUGAUCCGUGGGUGGCUGGUGUGAGGCCCAGGGGUUGAGCAGUCUUGCGUCCGGCCUGCUGCCGGUGUUUCUGGGGCAGCCUCCAGGCUGCGGCAGGUCCCACCACCAGGGUAAGCGCCCCUCUGAUAAUGGAUGAAUGGAAAAAAUAGUUUGGGGUGAGGAGGGCUGCUCAAAGCUGGGAGGAGUCCUGGGUAGCUACCAGAGCUGGGCUCCAAAAAGCUCUCCUUUAAUGCCUCCUAACAUUAGGCUGGUUCACGUUUAACAAUUCCCAACAUUUCAGAAUUGUUCUAAAAGGUAUUUUUACGAAACAAUUGUGUGGGUAUAGUAGCGCUCGUAAGCAGUGAAGCAAAAUAUCUUGGAGAACAUGACAGAACACAUAACGCCUAGCAGCAAAAUCAUUUUCUACCCGUAAAAAGAACAUUUAAAACCCACACAAGAAAUCCCUUUGAAAUAUGUGCUAUAAUGUACAGAAACAGUAUUUGAGCAGGGCAGAGGUGUUUGUUAGGCUUUUAUUAAAGGUAAUUAGUUACCACCAAAAAGGCUAUACUGUAUACAGGUCUAUAUGUUUUUUUAAUUUACUGAUGUAAGAAUUGCUGAUCAAAAUCACUCUUAUGGAAAGUUGGAAUGACUUGGUAGAAAAUACCAUAACCAUUUUAAUCAAGUCUUAUCCAAAAAGGUAAAUCUAACACAGGAUGUAUAAAUAUAAUCUGCACGAAUGUUAUGAAUGCUAUAGUAAAGAGAGAGAAGUAACUUUAGCAUGUCCAUUUUUGUUGUGUCACUUAUUUAGCUUGUUUAGCUUAAUAUACAGCUAAACAACAGCAACAUAGGCUGAAAAUACAGCUGACAUACCGGACUGAACUCGAGGGAUGCGACUGCAUGUAAUUAAGGGUGAUUAGCAUGCACCCAGCAGAGAGGGGUGAGUGCAUGUGCACUGCGUUAUUCUUAGACAUUUCUCAAACUGGAAGCAAAGUGUCGGAGAGCAAAGCUGAUUCCGGUAAUAUCACAGGAUUGUAACUACAACUUUUAGUGUUGUUAACAGAACGCCACCUGAAAAUGGCGUGCACGUCAAGUUCCAGUGAGUAUUUUAAUGGUAAAAUAGUUCAGAUAAAAUAAUUGUGGGAUUCUGUACCUUCGGCAAUAUCAUAGGUGGUUUAUUGUUUAAUGAGUUUUUGCAGCCAGAGGUACAUAUUUUAACUGAGUAACAUGUUUGUGUGUCAAAAAUAAUAAAAAUCCUUAAUUUUUGUUCA